AUGACAUUGGACUACCUUCUGGUUGUAGUGUUUAUGGUUAAAAAUGUAAACUAUGUGGCCCUUGACCCAGGGUGCAAUGUGGUGCGAUUUCUUGAUCUAUUCAUAAAUCAGGAAGCAGAAGAGCUGGAAACCAGGUUUAAUUUGGAUGCAAGAUCACUGAAAACAAUUAUAGAUUCUAUGGAAACCGAAUAUGAUAGGUCUGUAGUCCGUGCCAUUAUUGCUACAAUGUGUGCCCGAAGUGAAAUUUACAAUUUGGGUUGCAGCCGCAAGUUGCAGUGGCAUCCUUGCAAAGAAUUUUAACUGUAUCCAGCGAUGUUCAGAAUGAAUUAACUGCUGGGAUGGACAUGGCUAUACUGUCUUUGCAAGAAACAAUUAGUAAAAAGGAAAGAGAAAUUGAGUAUUUAAAGGAGUCUUAUGAUGUAUUAAGCAAAAUGCGGUCAGACAGUAGACAUCUAAACAGCAUUUCAGAGAAAAUACCGCAGUGAUUCUUAUUCAAGGCAGAAAUUUAAUGCAGCAGCAAGAAAAAAAUCUCAGAAUUUGAUAGAACAAAAUAGACUAAGAAAUAGAGCUUCAGGAGCUAGUGCUAAAAGAAAGCUUGAUGAUAUUCAUGAAGAAUUAAUUGCAAAAGCCAUUGAGCAGAAAACAACUGCACUUGGUAGAAGGCAUGACAUGGUUCUCUAUUACCACAAGCAACUGAAGAGGGAUGAUUUAUUGAGUAUUGUCAAUUAUCAUCUCUUAGAGCAUGGAACGGAAAUUAUCAAAUCUGCAACAACCAUAUACAACAGGGGAAAGACAAAAAAACAAAGGUCAUUGCAAUUAAAAAACCAUAUAGAUAAUCUAACUAAAUAGACACUUUAAACCGCAUAUGACACAAAUUUUUCAUCCAUCAUUUUGUAAUCAUACUUUUAUUAAUAUUGAAAUGAUAGCAUAACCUAAACACUCUUUUAAAUUUCUCUAUAUCUCUUCUCAUCUUACAGGAAAAGGUCUAUUCUGCUUGAAAAAACCUCCCAAAAACUGGUGACAAUGACAAUGUUCUCAGACAUCAUCACAGAAAACAUGUGGAGCUGUUGAAACUGCACUACCUUUUUGCUGCUUGUGAAGAUCAUAAACGGGCAAUAGAAGUCAGUGCAGAUGACAAAGCCCAUAUUCGCCCUGAAACAUCGGGUUAAAAUUGGAUAUUAUUUUUUUCUUUAUAAAAAACUACUUGCUAUAUUGAAACCCUUUUGUUCUUUUUUAAUUAUCUUAAUAUAGUUGGAAUGGAUGAACAUCAGUCAUUGCUGCAACCAGGAACUAAACAUCAGUCAUUGCUGCAACCAACUGAGGAAAGUGGUUUAACAAUACGUGCUCUUCCCAGUCACAAUUUUGGUGAUCCACGUUUGUAUGUUACACCAUCUGCCUAUCGUUUUAUGUCCCACAAAGUUAAGCAGAUGGAUGGUAAGUUUAAUAUUACUACUUAUAAAGUUAUUUUUAUUUGCAUGUGUGUGAUAGUUUAUCUGAUUUAAAAGCACCAUGUGAUAAUAAUUCUAUUUUAUAGGUAUCCAGAGAGUGGUAUUGAAGGAUGAUAGCUCGGUUGUUACUGUUCGACCCAAACAGUAUGUGGGAAGCAGUGGUAGUGUCUGGGCCUGGGAGCAUGUGUAUUUACAAUGGAAGCAUCCACAAUUAUAUGAAGUUCAUGGACAAACUUUAAAUCCUGCUUUGAGGACAUUAUCAGCAGUGGCAAGGGACAACUUAUUCUAUUUUUUCGACACAACAGAAAAGGGGGAUGUGGAGUGUUUAGCAGAGGAUCCAUUGUGUAAGUUCCGUUCUUAUGAGAAAUGCUGUAUAGAACAUGUGUUAAACAGUUUGAUAGAUGCCCAGAGCUUGUGGAAAGUAUCAAAGGAUAAGGUCGAAGCAAAAGAAAUUGCACUUGGCAAUGAAAUUGUUGACUUGCUAUUGGAAGUCACUAAAGAGCUACAGAACUUAAGAGAUAUUUUGGUAUCUACAACCACAACAACUGGAGAAGACUUGUGGUCUUCAUAUGAAAUUUGCAUAACGAAAACAAAAAAUGUUAUUAUUGACAUGAAAUUGCAUUGUCUUCCUGGCCCUCAUUGCAUUGUCUUCCUGAAAUUGCAUUGCCUUCCUGGCCCUGGCAUAUCAAUAACCAAUUUUGAAGUUUUGUGAUGCUGAACUGGCAAGGCUUUUUAAUUUGGACUGGCAAAUGAGGAUUCAUCUGGCUGUUAAUGACCCUUGUCCUGCUGAAAGAACUGACAUGUGUAUAGGUGAGGUUCCCAGUAGAUUUUUAAAUUUACACUGAACAUGAACACAUAAUUCAUACAUCACGAAAAAUUCAAACAAUUUGUAUUCGUUGUUUUUCGUAGGUGAUGCAGUACCAGAUGGUGGUCCCCUUCCAUAUAACAGAUUCCAACCUCAUGAAGAUAUCAGUGAAAGUGAUAUGAGGAAAGUAUGA